AAAUGUGUACAUACUAUCAGGGUUCCAAUUGUGUUUGUAUAAAGGGAGUGACAGCUACACAACUGCAUUGGCAAUUAAGUAAUCCAUCAAUUUACUGAAGAACGAAAUCAAUGGUCAGAUGAAAACCCCCCUGAGCGAGAGUAUAAAUACAAAGAAACAACCUAACUAAAGAAAUGAUUCAUUGAGAGAUGUUAUCAAAUCAGAGAGCAGUUAUUGUUUCAAACUCAAAGAAGGGAGUGGUGGGAGAAGGGUAUGCAAUGGGGUCUGCUGCGUCCAUUGAGGGGGGACCCAUUGAGCACAUAGUGAGUGGACAGCAGCAGGGAUGGAGUGGGACUGAAGAGAAUGAGCCCCGACUGGUGGGGGAGCUGCUGGAUCUAAGUGAGGAGCCCCCCUCCUCUGACAGCCAACACUUGAACAACAACUACAGAUUGAACAACGUCAUCAUGCCCAACAGUCCAUCCUCAUUUGACAUGUUGGGCAAACAGCACGAAGACAUCGGACUGGACUCACUGCGUAGAGUGUUGCUCCCAGUGGAAGUGGAACACAACCCCGACAAGACCACAUCCAAUCUAACAGUACACGGCGGGAAUACAGCACACGAUGCCAGCAGUUCCAGUGGUGUGAGCCAGAGGUUGAAGGAGCCAGUGAAGCCCCAUCUGACGAACAAGGAGUACAAACAUGAGAGACCACAUGUGUUUGUGGACACUUCACACGCCAAAACUUCUGUACAGGUGAUGAAAUUGUGUUUGGAGGAUCUGGGAUGGUACGAGAUCAGGAACCACUUUCAGCACGCCUCUAUGCGUGCAAUGCGAGUGCCAGACAUAUUCUGGCAUGCAUGUGCAUUCGAAGACACUCCCUGCAUCCCCUACAGCAGCGAGAUCCGAAUCAACAAAUUCCCAGGCAUGGUGCAAAUAGUACGCAAGAACAGUCUCACUUACGCCAUCAGAAGACUGCAGCAGUUCUUUCCCAGUGACUUCAAGUUCUACCCCCGCUCGUGGAACAUCCCAGAAGAGAUCCCCCAGCUGAUUGUGGACCAUGAGAGGGAGACAGACGAGAGAGCAGCCAGUGGCCGGAGGGGGAGGGGGACGAAAAAGAACAAGAAGAUGUGGCUCAUAUUCAAGCCAGAUGACGCCUCACAAGGCACUGGCAUCUUCCUGGAGGACAACCCCCGCAACAUUGACUCCAGUCUGGCUGGCAGCCGGAACUACCUAGUGCAGCAGUAUAUAGACAACCCCCUCCUCAUAGACGGACUCAAGUUCGACUUCAGAGUCUACGUCCUCCUCAGGAAUCUCAGCAAUGUCCAAAUAUUCCUCUCACGCGAAGGGAUGGCCCGUUUCUGCACUGAGAAGUACGAGGCGCCCUCUUCUAGCAACAAGAGCAGAGUGUACAUGCAUCUGACGAACUACUCUCUGAACAAGUACAGCGAUACAUAUGACUACAACAACAGCAUGACCAGAGGCAGCAAACGACUCCUCUCCUCCGUCUUCAACUUUCUCCAAUCGGAAGGAUACAACGUGACUGAAUUGUGGACAAAGAUAGAGCAGAUUAGUGUGAAGACGGUGUUCGCCAUAUUGCCUGACCUGCUGGUGGCCUACAGGGACGAAAUACCCCCCAAUAAACAGGGCCCACAGUGCUUCCAGAUACUAGGUUUCGACAUUCUAGUGGAUGACAAGUUUGAGCCGCACUUGCUGGAAGUGAAUGCCAACCCCAGUCUGAAUCUGGACCACGAGACAGAGAUAGGUGAGGAUGGAUUAAUUGGGGUGGCUGCACCCAAUCAUCCAGGCUACCAACUGGUCCACAGUCCAGUGGAUGAGGAGAUCAAAAGGCCAGUGGUGUUGGAGUCACUCCUGUUGGCAUGUCCAACACAUCACAGACACAAGACACUACGUUUCCUGACCAAGUAUGGGGUGCAAUGUGCAGUACACUACCCGGAUGGAGAGGGGGUUGUAUCUAACAAUGAUGACCCCCUCAGACAGGAGCCAUGUCUGUACCUGGUCUACAACUGUGCAGACUCCUCCCUCGACUACCUGCGCUUCAUGGAACAACUUGUCACUGUCUAUGUCUUCGUCUUGGGCACUCGCUCCAACAGAGGCUCCCAGUCCGCAUUCAGAAGCUUCAUGAGCGGCACAAUGACUCUUAGCUGGUCAAAGGCAGACUUCAGAAAAUUCAUGAGGAAGACGAAGUUGGCCUCUAGUGGUGCGGGGGCGAGUAGUGCCUCAGUGGACCUGCUGUUCAUCAAGAUGACCAAGAGGUGGUUCCCCUCCGGCACCUCUUCCUCCUCCUCGUCCAACCCUGGACUGAACUUCGACUCAUUCGUGGACACAUUUCUGGAACUGGCCAGCAGGCGCUACAAGGAUUACCCCUGUUCUGGAAUAGACAAAGUGAAGUUGCUCAUCAAACAUUGCUUCCACUCUCUCCAGAUCCCCCCUGACUUCCACUGGUACCCAGACACGACAACAACGACAAACAGACGGGGGUCUGGAUCAAUGCCUGUACAUAGCUCAAGAGGAGGAGGAGAUGCUAGCAAUAAUAGUGGACACAGUAAAACUACAGCAGGGUUUAACAGCGACAGGGUUCCACUAGAACAAGUGGAGCGUAUAGGCGGUGGUAGUGGGGUUGUUGGCAAUAGCAGUCUUAAAGGCCAGCAGAACAGAGAUCCGUUUGCAAGUGGAGUUCAGAUUCGGAGUAACAAAUACCUGGAAUCUGAUAGUAAGCAGAAAGUCCUCAAUCUACGCGCAUCGUCUGAAAGACAAAUUCUGUCUCCAUCCAAUGACCUGCUGCUAGAAACAUCACUGAAACUACAGUUGCAGGAUCAGCAGAACUCACACAGUCAACAGCUACGCUCGUCCAACCCCUUGAAUAACAAUUUGAAUGCGAGUCCCAUUCUGAACUACAAAACAGCUGCUAAAGACAGAAGCAGAGGAGCUAAAAGUCGAAUUCCGAAGCUAAAUUAUAGGCAGUCAAACUUCCCGCUCUUUUCCAGACAGGGACCUAGAGAAGUCAACUCGGCCGCAUCAGUGUCUAGAUUACCUGUUCCAAAACAAACAAAUGCAUCAGAUAGAAAAUCGAAACAGAAUGGCAAAGUUUCUUCCUUCUCGAAGCAAAGGAACUCUGAAAAAAUGAAGUCAAAUAUAGACUCCGAUGAUUAUGAUUCCGAUUUCUUUUCCAUGUAAAUAUACUAGAACUGCCACUGCCAGUUUUCUGGUACAUGCUUUAUCGAAUUUGCAAAUUCAACAAGU